AUGGAGGAGAUCAAAAAUAAAUUGAUGUAUUGGUUAGCCUUGAAGGCUUCCCAAUGGACCUACUCGACCGAAGAGAUGUCAAGUGAUGGAGAGAUUGAGUGGAGCCUGGAUUGCGGGGAUGGCUGCAUCUAUACAGCCAAGCUACGACUCCGGGUGACCGAGCCCCAAUUCAGCUCCUUUGAUGUGCGAAUGCUCGGUGGUGCUCUGCCUGGGGAGUGGCGGAUUUACCUCCUGGCGUUUCGCGGCACGGUGGAUUUGCAGGACUGGAUCACGAAUCUGGGUGUCAGGGUCAACUGGGGUCCCUUUGCCAACCUGAUGCUGGGAGUGCACUCGGGGUGGCAUGCGGCUGUCUCCGAAGAGAGCCUGCACCAAAAGCUGAAGACAGCUGCUGCUGGCCUGGAUCAUGACCAAGUUCUGCUGGCGGGGCACUCCAUGGGGGCAGCUUUGGCCCAGAUGGCAAUGCUCUUCAUGUGGCUUGAGAGCCAAAGCAGAGAAAGCCCACUCUAUGCGAGUGAGCUUGUGAAGACUGCCCGCUGUGUCAUCUUUGGCAGCCCUGCGCCUUUCGUGCAAAGCAGUCGUCGCAAUGUUUCAGCAGAACAAAGGGGCCGGAAAGCUAGGGAAUGGAUGGAGAUGCAGUGUGUCGAUUUCAUCAACGGCGAGGACCCUGUUCCAAGGCUUCCGUUCAACUUGAUGUUUUGCGUCAGCUGGUUAGCAUCCUUUAGGCUGGAAUUGCCUGAGAAUGUGGAAUCAGAGCUGCAAAGCUACGAGCACUUGUGCCGCCACAUCAUCCUGGGACGCGAGGAGACCAUCUUCAGCUUCUGUGACCCUGCGGACGAUGUUGUGAGACGUGAGGAAGAAGGCGGCAGGGGGAACUCCUCGCAACACCCGCUCGAGAAUUACAGCGCCGAGAUGCUUGGCAAGCUGAAGGUAGCCCUGGCUGCCGACUCCAAGCCACUUCUUCAGAUGGUGUCCUACCGCCCGACGGCAAGGGCGCCAGAUCUUGGUCAAAGCCUGUCCGAGCUCCAGAUGUCGUUGUCACACCUUCCAUCUGACUUGAAAAGGGAAUGCCUGAGCCCCUUUCGCAGCAUCUUCGCAUCAAUCCAGACAGUUUCCACAUCUCUGCAGAAUCUUCAAAGGAGCAUGAAGGAGUUGAGAGAGAGCUCGUCAGAGGUGAAGCGUUUACACAAUUGUGUCAGAACGCAUUUGGAGUGCAUUGCCUCCACCAUCCGCACGGCGAACAACUACAUUCAUUGCGAUGACUGGAAGAUGUUUGAGCGAACCAUGAAAGACCUUCAAAGCAUGAUGGAGCAACAUGUGUUGCCAGCCGCGGAUCAGCUGGCAGAAGCCAUGGGGCAGGCUUCUGAGCAAAGCAGCCUGACCAUUCAAGCACUCAUUCAGCUCAAAGGACUGGCCAAAGCUUGUGGAAUCUUCACUCAUGGCAUGCGGCGUGCCGUGAUGGCAGUGGCUGGUUUUGUCAGUCAAUGUGUGCAGCUCGGGCUGGAAUAUCCUAGGAUUUGGAUGCUGCUUGCGGUUCUUGCCAGCAUUUUGGCUGCUUGCGGGUCGGGCUACGUGAUGUAUUGUGGCGGCUAUGCAGUCGCUGCUGUGACGAGCGUGGUGGGGCAGAUCAGCACGCAUGGUGCUUGUGCUACCGGUUUUGUUGCGUGGUUGGUGAAUGCGGCAGUGCCGGAAGCUAUGGUUGCCGGCGCCGCAUGUGCUUUUCCAGUGUCUGGAGCAGCAGCCUGGGCUGCUGGGGCUCUGGGGAUGCCAACCACUUUUCUUACAUAUGCUGUUGGUCUGGCAUUUACGUGUUUUCUUGCAUGCAUUGGUUCAGCUGCUGUUGUCAAAGGCUGGAAAUUGUUGUUGGUCCGGCUGCUUGAACUUGCCCAGAACACUGGUGUCGUCCCACUGGUGGAGUUGUUGCACUCGAUAGAUACUGUUUGUGCGCAGCUUGGGCAGAAGGGCUAUGACGCUUUCAUGACAACCCUCUCGUGGUUCUAUGACAGAGCACAUGAAUGGGUGACAUGGCUGCAAGAGGAGUUGGAGCAACUCAAGCGUUUUCUGGAGACUGUGGGUGAGAAGCUGGAGGAAGCCCAAGGCAACUGUGAGACUGUGACACAGAAAAUGAGGAAGAUCGAAUGCAAGACCCGAGAGCUUGUGAGCAUGGCGUGCUUCAUCACAAACCAGAGCAAAAGUCCAGAAGAGAUCGAGCAGAAGAAGCGGGAGUGCAGAGACAUGACGCAGGAACUGCUGAACGAGACUGCAGAGAUUGAGGGGCGUUUGGGCCAUGGUUUUGCCUUGGAUUUGGACCCCAUGCUUUCCCAAAGCUUUACCCAAGCUGUUGAGGACUUCUUUUCCUCCAGCACCAAGGAGGCUUUGCAGCUCAGGGAUGAGCCAGCAAGCUCAUCGCAUGAAGCGGGGCGUUGA